AUGGCGUACACUUCAAUUAUGUUUUGUGAGGAUGAACUAAACAUGAACGACAACACAACAGUGGACUGGAAAAUGUACAUGCGUGAAGUAUGUGAAUACACAAACAAUAGUGCUAAAAUAUGUGGUAUUAAUACGGCUGGUGAGAUCGAUGAAAGCUGUUUCAGUAAACGUAAAUAUAACAUAGGAAGGUUGUUAUCAAAUCAAUGGGAUUUAGGUGGCAUUUGUAGGGAAACCAAAGAAACUCUAAAACGUAACGGAAACGCUUUCACGGAUGAUUUGUAUAAUGCGAUAUAUGCAGGAAUAUUAAAAGACCGUUCGGAGGUUUCGCGCGACUUAACAAAGCAUCACGACAAUUUGAUUACGGGACGAUUGGAAUCACCGCAGAAAGAACAGUUCACGGCUCUGUUUGUCGAUUUAAAAAUUAAAAAUGAACCUCUGGACACGAAUUCCAUACUCCGCGUCUGCCAUACGUUGCUGGAACAAAACAAAUCGAGUAGCAUGUCGAUUCUACAUCCCGAUCGAAUUACUACUGAUUCGAACGGACUCAGUAAUGAACAACGACUACGCCCGGAUGACUUCAGAUAUGAUCAGAAUAAUAUCGGACCGUUGUCACCAUCGUCGAAUACGAUUUGCGGAGCAUAUAACGAUCAGAUUAUUACUGUUUUACCAUGGACGGUCAACAAGACGGAAGGUAUACGUAGUCGUAUGCUUUUCAACCUUAUACAAUGCAGUCAAGGCGUGAAAUUGAUCGAAACAGACGCAAACGCGUAUGAAACGAUUCCGGGUUUAGAGUUCAUGGUGGGUCCUGUCACCGAGCUCGGAAAUUUACUCAGCAUCAUCAAAGACUACAUGAAUGAUGUCGACAGUAAGUGUUAUGGAUGCAUAGUCGAAGCCUUAAAGAGUGCUUUGGAAAAGGAAAUCCAUUCAUAUUACGCUUACAUAAAUUCAUGGCUACGUCACAACUUUGAGGUACUGGAACACUCCAAAGAUGGCUUAUACACAUUCGUUCCUUUUGACCACAAAGUUUUAUUGAGGUUUAGGUAUUUAGCGGAGACCGUGAAAAAUUGUAAAAACAAGCAUGGUUGUAAUUUAAUUUCUGUGAUCGUUUUUUCGAAAAUUUGCGAGAUGCAAAAUACGAUUUUAAAUGAGAUAACGAAACCAAUGCAAGCGAUGAUUAUUCGCUGGAUGACCGACGGUGAAUUAGAAGAUGAGCAUGGUGAAUUUUUUAUAGUGAAAACUUUAUCUGAAAAUUAUUGGUAUGAUAGCCACGAAUUAAGUUCUGCGAACAAGUUGGAAUUUCUGAACAAACAACAAUUGAAUGAUAUUUAUGAAACGGGCAAAAACAUGAAUUUCUUAUUAAACGUUCUUGGUUUGAACGUGGACACGAAGAUUGAGAAACUUAGAGAAAAUAUCAUUAAAUUAGUCAAUGAAGAUGGACUUCUAAUCGAGUUGGCCGACAAAUACAGCAGAGCGUCAACAAUGAUAUCAGACGCGGUUGAUCAAUCGUCUGCGCUGAUAGUGCGAUUGUUAAUAGACAAAUACGAUAUGUUCCUGCACUUCGAAGGGCUUCGAAAUUACAUGUUGUUCGGUCGUGGUGACUUUUACACUUACAUCAUAUUCAAAUUGGAACCGUAUUUUGGGAACAAAAGGAUGCACAAUUAUCAAUUGAAAGAAAUCGUGGAAUCCGCGCGCAAUUUAACCUCCGCUAGAAACGAUAAUGAUAAAUCGUUUGAUCGUUUUAAAUACAAGGUGGAUUGGACGGGUGAGGUAAACUGGGAUAGUUUCAAAUUCGAGUACGUGAUAGACAAACCAUUGAGUCAGGUGUUCGGUCCUUGCUGUAAUCACUACGCCAACUUAUUUAAAUUUUUAUGGCAUCUGAGAAAAGCUGAUUGGACUGCAAUCAAAAUGUGGCAUAGACUGACCUAUUUCAUAAAAAUAUCUUGUAAUAUACUUGAUUUGAGACCGGUCUUGAGAAACACAAGAGCAUUAUUGUCAAACAUGCUAGGCUGCAUAAACGACAUUCAAAAUUGCAUAUUCGAAACGAUCAACGAUGAAUGGAAACAGUUCAGAAAUGAAACGUCUAGUGUCACUGACAUUAAAACGGUUACGGAUGCUCAUAUGUCGUUCUUAGAAUCAAUUACUAAAUAUACUGACGAAUCAACUGUAUCUCUAUGUAAUUUCGUCAUAUGGUUGGAAAAAAUCGUCGAAAUAUUCGCCGACGUCUUCGAGUGUUUCGUGAAUGAUAUGCAAGGACUGUCGUCGUCCAAUUCAGAACUGAAGACCCACACCAGCACCUUAUCGUAUAGUGAACAAGACCAACUGAUAAACAAGUUUAUGGCUGAUCUCGGAGCGAUAAAAAAAUCAUACGAGGCGGAACUCGGUGCUUUACUGUCGAGACUGGCGAACAGUGGGACCACGAUAGGUCUGGGAACACUAGCGAUGAGGAUCGACUUCAACCGAUAUUACUCGGUAACCGUAACGAACCGUAUUAUUUAGUUGAGUACACUGCAAUUAAUCUCUUGGCUACAUGUGUCGUAUAUACGUGCAACGUACUGCAGGGCUCCACGAUUCCAACGACUCCUGCAGCUUCGACGCGCUGUUUACGCCGCCAUCCUCUUCACUUGUGGACCCUACCUAUACUGUUAAAACGAACGUAUACGACAUUUUCAGAGCACAGAAUUAUUUGCAAGCGAUUUAAGAAUAAGAAGAAAAAAAACAGUUUUUUAUUUUAUACACAGUACCCAUACGUUUUACAUU